GGCCAGGGCGGCGGCAGGUGGCAGUGUAGCGCGGGACGGCGGCCGCGAGGGAGGCCUGCAUCGCCUUCACCGUAGUGUUGUCCCCACGCGACUGCCCUCAACGCAAGUGACGACGACGACGAAAAAGAAUUGAUGAUGCGAGAACAACACGGCGGCAAGUUUGAUGCCGAGGAGUAUCUGAGGCUGCUGCAGGAGGCGGGGACGGAGAAGAAGCGAGGCGGCUGCCCCCAGAACCCCAUCAGGAGCCGCUUCUGCUCCUUCUCCAGCGACCCGGUGCAGAACGACUGUAUCUGGCGGGCUGUGGUGCGAGGAGAAAACGCUGCAUCGUACAGGAGGAAAAUAGACUACGGCUCCCUGCACCGGUUCUACCAGGAGACUUCAUGGCUCGGCAGCAGCAAUGCUAGUCUCUCGCUGACUUCCGCGGGUAGCCAAAGAGAAGGUGAUGGUGAUUCCUUCGAGAAGCGGCUGCACAUCAACUACGGUCACGUCACACAGGGUCCCCCGCCCCCGACUACUUCCAGCGCGGUCAUCGGUUGGCGCUCAUCGCUGCCAGAACUUCGCCUAGAGCGCUAUGGAAAUAGGCCUCGAAGGUGUCCCAAAAUAGAUUCUUCAAACACUGCUGGGUCCUGCUCCGUCUCACUUACGACAUAGACGCAAGACAACACAAGCGUAUAAAUAUUAUAUCUGAUGGGCCUGAGAGUGAUAUAAUCUGCCAAACAAUCACUGACAGCACCCACAUUGCAUUGUCAAUUACGUUAAAUUUUUCAGUACUGGAAACUAACACCCUUGCAAACAUGUGUCAAAAGGUGAUUAUCGACACAAACUCAUAAAUAAAAAAUAAAAAAAAUAUCGGUUUAAGGCUAUUGCCACUUUGGCACUACAUUAUUAAUGUCAUGAAUAUAAAUUGAAAAUGUUAUGUGCCAGACCCAAAGCGAGAUGGUUUGUUAUCAGUUUGGAAUGCGAACAUUUUGGAGAAAUAAAAAUUCUAGCAGUAACAUAUAAUUCAUAGUAACGAAGACUGAUGAUUCUUUAAAUGUGUGUGUGUGUGUGUGUGUGUGUGUGUGUGUGUGUGUGUGUGUCCACACUUUGCAAAAGGAAUAAAGGCAUCACCUAAGGGUUAUCCGCACUAUUUAUUUUAC